UGUUGUUAUUACUUAUAUAUAAUAGCAAUUAGGUAUUAUGUAUUAAACUAUUAACUAUUUGCUUAAACUCCACUGUCUGUGUUCAUUUAUGAUGUCAGAAAUUACCACAUAUAAGAAUAUAGUAUUCGUCCAGGACUUAGAAGUCAGUUUCAAGUCACUACUUACUAUCUUACUAUAUUAUAGUAAUCAGUUUUAAUCGACACCAUCAACAUUUUCAAAUGGCAAAAUGAAGAGAACAUUCUGUGGUGAUGAUAAUGAUCGAGAACCCGACAAUUCGUUGUUGGAUUUACAUUUUCAGUCUGACAAAUGUGAAAAUGAAUUGUCCAAGAAACUUAAAACCAUGACUGAAACUACUGCAAUGGUCAAAAAUGAUAAUUUAUUAACGAUCCAUGAAAUUACUGAACCGUGUGACAAUGUCAUAGCACAACAGUAUGUAAUCGACUAUAGUGAAGUAACUGAAUCACACAUCAAAGAUGAUGUGCAAAAUGACACUAGCAAAACAACUGAAACACCUGAAAAAGAAACUGAUGAUAUAGACUUAUCCAACAAAAAGAAAGGCGAAAUGUUGUUGGAAGCUAUAAGUAGCGAUGAUGAUAUUGCAAUGGAUAGCGAAGAUGAUGGCGCUCUGGUUAGUGAUGAUGGUGAAAAUCAUAAUGAAUACACUGAUGAUAUAGUUACAAAUUUUGAUCCAUCUUUGUUUCAAGCAACACCUUUGCGAAUUAUCCAAGAUCCAGCUUUAUCAUUAUUUGAAUAUAUUCAUAGAAAACUAGGCAAUGAUUCUAAGUGUAGUGAAGUAGCUGAACUCAUAGAUUCUUUGGAUUAUUUACAAUCAAAAAUUAUGGAUAUCAAUGAAAAAUGGAUUAUUGCUGCUGAGCGAACUGUUAUCAUUUUGCCCAAAACGUUAAGUCACAUUCUAAAUAUACCAGAAUAUUGUCAUAAGUUAUUUUCUUUGGUGAAUGUAACACUUGAUUUUAAGUCUGCUUCAAAGGAACAUGUUUCAAUGUCUACAUUAAUUCUCCGUCGUUUAAAAAUUGGCCUUCAACUGAUCGAAGCACUCUGCCAUUACAAUGAAGAUUUAUCAGAGCAUUUGAUUAAACACCAUACAAUUCACAGUAAAUUAAUUAAUCUAUUUUUUGUUGAACAUAUGAGUUUGUCUCUUAAGUUAAAUAUAUUGCGUGCAUUAGAUUCUAGUCUUAAUGGCUUAGAACCUAUACGACUUUUUUUGUGUGACAAAGUUUUUGAUAAACUCAAUGGAAAUGAAACCUUACUCAAAAUACUAUCAAUACACCAGAGGCCUCGGAUAUGUUUUCUAGUAACUAGUAUUUUAAGGAAAAUUCAUUUUUAUGAAUUGUUAAAUAAGAUUAAUACUGACACAAAAACUUUGGAUUCUAAUCAAGAAUUGUUAUUGCAAGAAUGUUUGGCAGAAAUAACUACUACAUAUAUUAAAGCUCCAAUUUUAAUGGGUUGUCCUAAAAGGUUUUUACAAGCUCAUGCACAGUUCGAGCUUACUCCCGCAUUAACUCAUUUUGAUGUUUAUCCAACUAUUUAUAGAUUAUUUGACGAUUUAUCACUAAUUAACGGCUUAACAAAACUACUGGAAAACCCAAAUUACAAGAAUUAUCGAGAGGAAAAUAUAGUUAAAUUUUUUAAAAGUUUAAUAGACUGUGAUCAUGGACUCAGAUAUUUGGGCUGCAGGCAUAAAGAGUUAAAUAAGUUAAUCAAUGUUUUAGACAAAAUUAAUACUCAUUUCAAAUUAACACUUAUUUACAAAGUAAAAGUCUUAACUCUUGUGGAUUAUUUAAGCUAUUUUUGGGAAUGUAAUUUAAUGCAUAAUUUCAAAUUAGAUCAAAUGGAAUCUGUUGAUUUUCUUCAUGAUAUAUUUUCGCUAACUCAAUCUACAGUUGGUAAAAGCGCUGUUGUGGAUGUCUUGACUAUGGGAAACAACUUAGAUGUAAUAUUAAAUUUUUUUAAAUAUAUAGAACAAUCGAAAUCAAAAAACGACGAUUUACAUGUUACAUAUUCAUUGGAUUUAAUGAAGAUUGUUUUGGAAAAUGCAGAUAAUGUUAGCUAUUUAAAAAAAUAUGGAACAUUGAUAUAUGAGCUAGCAUGCAAACACAAUUGCUUUAAUGAUUUAAUUGAUUGGACCUUUCCAUCAACUAGACACUCUGCCUUCUUCUAUGAUGAUGUCGGUGAACUUUGUAGUAUUGUCAAAAACAAUAAAGAUAACUGCUUAAACUUCAACAAAACAUUGAUAACUAGUUUAAGAAUUUUAAGAUACUUGGGAUUGCCUAAUGAUGAAACAGUAUUUAAAGGAGUAGAAGACUUUAUUGAACUAAAAUAUAAAUAUAUUACUUUACAAAUGUAUUCGUAUGAUAUGCUAGGGACCUUAUUAACCAUUGUCGACCAUAUAUGUGAAGAUUAUAAGCAACCAUCAGUAAAUGUUUGGAAAUUAACUGGUAACAGAGCCAAGAAUAUAAUAUCCAUUAUUCGACCAUCAAUGAUGUUGAUUAGAUGUAUGAUCACAUUACUAAUACAGACCCGGAAAGAUGCAUUCAAAGAUUUAUCACCUAUCAAAAUAUUAUUGAAGCUAUAUAAUUUAAUGCACCAUGUUCCUGAAUGUUCUAUAAUUCACGAAGAUGCCACCAAAGUUUCUAAAGAUAUCUAUAAAACACUUGAGGCUUAUGUAGAAAUCAAAAUUGGAUCUUUGAUGGCUAAUGAAGUAAUCGUCUGGACAUUAUCAAGUCCAUCUGUUUUCUUCCCUGGUUUGUUACUUUUAGGUCAAUUAUUGCCUUUGCCAUUACCAAUUCAAACUAUAAAACCUUUAGAAGAAUCAGUUAUUACAGCCAUGAUAUCUUUUCGUAACAUUUGGGUAGAUCAUUUAGCUACAAUAAAUAACAGUUUAAUUGAGCUUAUUACUGUUUUGAGUUCAAGUAGUUUAUUAUUACAACCUUUGAAAUGUUUAUGCAUUAAUGUUGCCGAUUUGAGCAUAUCCACGUGCUUGUUAGUUACUCAGGCGCUAUUAGAUGCACUGACAAGUGCUAAUAAUAACAAUUGUUUUAACCAAUGUUUAAAUUUACUAACACAAUUAUGUGACAAUAAAAAAUCUGCAACAAUCAAGACUGCAGUGCUUCAAAUAUUAAAUGAUGAAAAAUUAAAUGAAAAUUACAAAAAAAUUAUAAACAAAAUAUGUGAAAAUAUUCAAAUAAAUGAUCUAGGAAAUUCUAUUUUAUUUAUUCAAUGUUUAUGUGAUGCUGAUAUCAUACUAACUGGUAGUAAUUCUGAAGAAAACUUACCUAGAAAUAGUGUUCCUAAUAAAUGGUUUUAUACAAAUAUCUUAAAAGCACUUUUGAGUUCAUUUGAAUCUCAUUCAAAGUUAUCUACAUUAUUUGUAACUAUUAAAACGUGCAUUGUGAUAAUAAAAAACGAUUAUGGAUUUUAUCAAUUCAAAAUGGUUUUAGAUUCAUUACCUAAGCUUUUUUAUAACAUUUUUGACAAUCUAUUGCAAAACUGGAACAAAGAAGAUGUUCAUUGUUUAAAUACCUUAAUGUCUACUAUCGAACUUUUAAACUUGUGUAUUAAAAAUGACAAUAAUACAAAGAGAAAAUUAUUUAUGAACUCAUCAAUGUUGAGGGAUUACUUGAAUUGGUCAAAUUAUGGUAAAGAUCAUCCUUUAUGUUUGCUGAAAGAAAUUAUGCAAAACGAUAAUAACUUGACUUGUUAUGAACAUUUAGUUCAUCUAUCAGCAUUUUUAAAUAAUGACCAAGAAUCAGUAGAAGAAUUUGCUAAGCCACAACUGACUACAGUUGACUUUUUGACUCACACAUUUAAAGAUAGACCUUUUUAUGUGGUAAACAAUUGUAACAAUAACUAUUCAAAUCCGGGUAUUGAUUUGUACACUGAUGGUUUUGAUAAUUUGGCAGACUGUAACAUCAAAGAAGUUAUCUCAGAUUUACCUGAUUUUAACAUCAAAGAUAAAAUAAAUGAUUUSUUUAAAAUUGAAGAUUGUGUUAACCAACCAGCACCGAUUGUCCAUAAACGAGAGCCUGUUAUGAUCGAAAAAAAAGAAAAUACUAUAAAUACACCAGUUAUCACUACUACGCCUAUAGUACGCCAUAAAGUAUUUAGUAGACUUGGAACGAUACAACGAUCUGAUGCAUUCCGAAACCGUUCUCCUAACACAUCUAGGCCACCUUCUUUACACGUUGAUGAUUUUGUUGCGAUGGAAACAAGAAAUGCUCGACAACCCAGAUACAAGUUACCUGUUCAGCCCAUUCAAGAUUUGAAUAUAAGACUGCGUGAGAGACAAAUGGCAUAUGAACGUUCAUACAACAUAUUAAGCCCAUAUAAAUCGCGUUUAAGUUUGCAUAACUGGCAUGCUCAAUUUAAUGCCAUGGCUCAUUUACGUGCAGAUUAUCGUCAAACAAUGAGUAGUAGACAUCUAGAAAUUCAUAGGCAUUCAUUAGUUGCAGAGUGGAGACAACUCAGAGUAGAGGCUGAACUUAGAAAAAACUUAGCGUACUCUAGGCGAUAAAUAAUAACGUCAUAUUAAGAGUCUAAAAUAAGUUAUAACUUGUAUAUUAAUAUUAUAAAAAUAUAUUUCAAUCAAUUAAUGUACAAAUA